AGCAACUGGAACGCCGAUACCAGAGGAGGAUAAUUCUGCUUUGGAUAAUGGAUCCGCUCGGAUGCCAUUUUUUUGAAGAUGAUAUGCGAGAGAACACACUAGAGGAGGAGAAUCUAGUGUUUCCGUUCAUUAUUCAGCAGGAAUGUGGUACGAAAAUCCAACCACUUGACACGCAAGGCAUCUUCAGCAGCCUCAAGCGAGCGCAAGGCGACGUUGAUCCGGAGGAAUAUUAUUCACUGACUAGUCCGCUGUAUCGUGACUAUGUGCUUGCGAAGUUGCGGCAGUAUUCUCAUAAUGGGACUUUUGAUCGAUGCGGGUUCGUACUGCGGAGUGACGCGUUUGCACCUCUGCAGUCUGAAUUGAGGAAGUUCCUCUUAGAUAAACAGUGAAGAGGAUGGGGAGAAGUGAAUGGAGUUUGGGAGAGAGGUAGAAAGAAGGAGAGAGGGGAUGGAUUAUUUACGUAAGCGCGAAAAUGAAACGAAGUGGUGCAUUCUAUGUUAGGACCAACGAGAUCGGAAGUUCUUGUCUUCUCUCUAUAUUUGGGAAGGAUGUCGAAGCGGCAAAACAGUAAACGCAGCCUUGUCGAGGUCGAGAAUGAAUUACGUAAGCAGUUGGAAGAGGAUGGACAUCUUGAGGAGCUGGCUGAAUUCGGAACGAGUAAUAACAAAAAAACGAAGAAAGUCCCGAAGUUCGCUGGUGUUUGGUUUGCUACUGUCCUGGAGGAUGGUCUCGAGCAGAAGGAACAGAAGGAGGAGGUGCUACGAGAAUGUCAGAAGCUGCUAAUGGCAAAAGGUUUAUGGAAGGAACCGAAAGCAAAAAAAGAGAAGACAGA